UUGCGAGAUAGGUUCGAGACUCGAGAUAGUGGAGGAUUAGUAGAUCAAAAUGGCCAGCCAAGCUUCGAGUGUUGUUCGCCAAGUGAAACCGAUUUUAUCCGUUAAUCGAGAAGACGCACGUCGAAGAGUACUCAAGUUAUACAAAACCUGGAUCCGUCAAGUACCACUAAUGUUAUUAUCUUAUGAUAUUCCUAAAACUGAAGAAGCCUGUAAACAAAAAAUACGCGAGGAGUUUAGACGUCAUGUUCAUCUUACUGAUUUAAGAAUAAUAAACAGAAUUAUAUAAUAAUAGGGUCAAAUGGAAUUGCAAGAGGUAGCUAACAUAUGGAAACCUAAGGGAGCGCUUAUGCAUUAUUGGAAAGAGACAUGGGAAAAGAAGCCAACUAAUUUCAUGUCAAAAUUUCUCAGCGGCCAUGAUUAAUUUACUUUUUAUCGUUAGUUCAAGAGAUGCAUUAUAAAAGUAUAUGAUUGUAAUAAUUUAUGUAUAUAUAAACAUGUAAAUACAAGGUUCUCAACUAAUUUUUGGUACGAGUGGACAUUCUGUAUUAUGAAUGCACUUAUCUAAUAAAGAUGAGAGUAGCACAA